AUGGUUUAUGAGGUUACCACUGAGGGCACGACAAUCACGCUACCAACUACGGAAGGGUCAAGUACUACAGACGUUACCACUGAGGGCACGACAAUCACGCUACCAACUACGGAAGGGUCAAGUACUCCGGCCGUUAUUACAACCACUACAACUAGUACAACGCCUACAACUACUGCAACGCCUACAACGACUACAACUACUACAACUCCUACAACUACUACAACGCCUACAACUACUACAACGCCUACAACUACUACAACGCCUACAACUACUACAAGGCCUACAACUACUACAACGCCUACAACUACUACAACGCCUACAACUACUACAAGGCCUACAACUACUACAACGCCUACAACUACUACAACGCCUACAACUACUACAAGGCCUACAACUACUACAACGCCUACAACUACUACAAGGCCUACAACUACUACAACGCCUACAACUACUACUAGACCUACAACUACUACAAGACCCACAACUACAACAAGACCCACAACUACAACAAGACCUACAACUACUACCCGAAGGCCUGCUCAGCCAUUCCUGUGCACUAGGGACGGUUAUUUUGCCAUUGCUACACCAGCAGAUAAAGCUCGGUUCUGUCCAAGAUCUAAUCCGCUAUGUGACUAUGUUGCAUGUUCGUGGGACCCCAGUCAAGGAAGAUUUUUCCGUGUGUUUUACAGGUGCCCAUUAGAUUCCAACGAUAAGGAUUACAAUUUUGUGGAGAGUACACAAACCUGUGUUUUAGCGGCUUUGUCGUCUCCAGGUGGAAAUAAAGAAGGGUUCCAUCCUUCUCAUUGCCCACCCGUUUUGAGGUCUAGCGUCUCUACGAAGUGGAUUUUAUACUUCUUUUUGGUUGUAAAUCAUCUUAUACAUUGAUGGAACUGAUGAAGCCAAAAAAACGAAAAAUUGGAGUACAUGCAUAAAUAAUAUGUAUGCAAGUACUCCAACCAAACCCCUUGAGGGUGCGUUUUCUUAAUUUCUACCGUUGUCUGAAUUUCCUCAUCGGACUGAGAUAGAAGAUAGGUCACCCGUGACAAGAGGUCACCUGCGAAAGAUUUAUUUAGUUUAAAAAAAAUGCCGAGAACUACACCCCCUGAACCUGUGGUUCUCAAAUUUCGAACGUUUUCUAAUCACUAGUCUCAUCUGACCAAAAUUUUUAUAUUUAAGUUUACAGCAAGAUUUUGGAUAAGUAAUUAUCUCUGUAUAAUUUUGGAAUUGCAGUUAGGUCUUUUUCCCCGUUUUUAUUGUGUACUUAGGUAGUUUUAGAAUUAGUCCGGCGAUAUGCAUUUUAUUAUUUUAUAAUAAUCCUACCAGACAUAUUUUACGUUUUAUAACGUAAAAUGCGUCUGGUAGGAUGCAGAUAGGAUAAUUAUAUGUAUGCAUGGGAUGCGUGAAAUAAAAGUAUAUAAGCUUUGUAAGACAAAUUGUCUCAGACAUUGUCUAAGACAAUGUCAAAAAUUCAUAAAUUUAUCAUGUUUAAUUUUUAAUUUAUCUAUCUAAUCCUUCUUCCACUCUUAUUAAUAUAAAGCUCUCAUUACUAAUAACCUUAUUGCCACUUUUCUAUUAUAAUAUGAAUAUUUAUUGUACAUGAACAGCUUAUACAAAUCCAUUCACAAAUACGAUUACUGGCCAAGUUAAAAGUUUUAGAUCUUAUUCGUAUACGCUAUUUGCGACUAAAAUUAAUUUUUAAUUAGGACAAGUAUUUUCAGAAAAGCUUAUUCCUACUUUUUUUUUACUUGUAUUUAACCUGAGAAUGCAAAUUAUGAGAAGCUAGUAUAUUUGAAAUAUAAAUAUAUGCUAAUAUCACAUACAUAUUUAUUUAAAUACAUGUAUGGACAUACAUGGGCAGAAAUAUUCAUUUUAGUAAUAAACAAUAGACUGAAUAUUUUUAGCUCACCUAUAGUAUUUAUAUGUUGUAUGUAUGUAAUGAUUUUCAUGUAAUGAAUGCUGAGCUUACAUAUGUAUGUAUGUAGUUGCACGACUGAAAUCUGGAUUUAAAUAAAUAUUAUGCAUCAUGCAAUCAUAUAAACGUUGAA